ACUAUGAGAAGACAAAGGACUGAAGUCGUUGUGGAACUGCGAAAGAACAAACGAGAUGAACACCUUCUAAAAAGGAGAAAUGUUCCUCACGAGGACAUCUGUGAGGACUCUGAUGCUGAUGGAGAUUUCCGAUCGCAAAACACCUCUCUUGAAGCAAUAGUACAAAAUGCCACCAGUGAUAACCAGGGUGUGCAGCUGAGUGCAGUCCAGGCUGCCAGGAAGUUGUUAUCCAGUGACCGGAACCCCCCCAUUGAUGACCUCAUCAAGUCCGGGAUCCUGCCGAUCCUCGUGCACUGUCUGGACAGAGAUGACAACCCCUCCCUCCAGUUCGAGGCUGCCUGGGCGCUGACCAACAUCGCGUCAGGGACCUCCGAGCAGACCCAGGCCGUGGUCCAGUCCAACGCCGUGCCUCUGUUCCUGAGGCUGCUCCACUCCACCCACCAGAACGUGUGCGAGCAGGCCGUCUGGGCCCUGGGAAACAUCAUCGGUGACGGCCCGCAGUGCAGAGACUACGUCAUCAGCCUGGGCGUGGUCAAGCCCCUUCUGUCCUUCAUCAGCCCCUCCAUCCCCAUCACCUUCCUCCGCAACGUCACCUGGGUGAUGGUGAACCUCUGCCGCCACAAGGACCCGCCGCCCCCCAUGGAGACCAUCCAGGAGAUCCUCCCGGCGCUGUGCGUGCUGAUCCACCACACCGAUGUCAGUAUCCUGGUCGACACGGUGUGGGCCCUGUCCUACCUGACGGACGCCGGCAACGAGCAGAUCCAGAUGGUCAUCGACUCGGGCAUCGUGCCCCACCUGGUGCCCCUGCUCAGCCACCAAGAGGUCAAAGUUCAGACGGCGGCGCUCCGGGCCGUGGGGAACAUCGUGACGGGAACAGACGAGCAGACCCAGGUGGUCCUGAACUGUGACGCCCUGAGCCACUUCCCCUCCCUGCUGACGCACCCCAAGGAGAAGAUCAACAAGGAGGCGGUGUGGUUCCUGUCAAACAUCACGGCGGGAAACCAGCAGCAGGUGCAGGCGGUCAUCGACGCCAAGCUGGUGGCCAUGAUCAUUCACCUGCUGGACAAGGGGGACUUCGGCACCCAGAAGGAGGCUGCCUGGGCCAUCAGCAACCUGACCAUCAGCGGGAGGAAGGACCAGGUGGCCCACCUGAUCGAGAAGCAGGUGAUCCCGCCGUUCUGCAACCUGCUGACGGUGAAGGACGCCCAGGUGGUGCAGGUCGUGCUCGACGGCCUCAGCAACAUCCUCAAGAUGGCCGACGACGAGGCGGAGACCAUCGCCAACCUCAUCGAAGAGUGUGGAGGUUUGGAGAAGGUGGAGCAGCUGCAGAACCAUGAAAAUGAAGACAUCUACAAGCUGGCCUAUGAAAUCAUCGACCAGUUCUUCUCUUCUGAUGAUAUCGACGAGGACAACGCGCUGGUCCCGGAGGCCAUCCAGGGGGGCACCUACGGCUUCAACUCCUCCACCAACGUGCCCGCAGAGGGGUUCCAGUUCUAGAGGGCUUUCUCCGGGGUACUCUGGAGCUUUGUUUGCGACGCAGCACUCUGUUCAACAUAAAAAAAAAUUAGAGAGAAAGAGCGAGAAAGAGUGCGAGAGUGUGAAAGAAUUAGAUCCAUUGUGCUUGGCUCGCGGGAUCCAUGGCAGCAUCUUUAUCCGAAGGAGGAAGAAAGUGCGGAUUUCAUUUGGCGUCCAGGGUGGCGUGGCCGCGGGCGGGCUGAGUCGGCGAGUGGGUGCGAAUGAGAAUGAGUGGCUACAUGUUGCAAAAAAACAUCUCCAUCGAAAACGCGUGGCGGGACGCGCCGACGACCACGGCCCGCCGCGUAACCGGCGCCGUCGGCGACCACCACACAAAACCCAACGGGAAACUUAACUUCAGACCAGAACAAAAACACGAGCGGCGCGACGUUCCGCCCGGAGAACCACGGACACAAAAUCCUAAUCCAGAGAUCCCGGCGAUCCCAACACACAGAUAACGGCGGGAAUCGACCACGACAA